AUGGACUCACUAGCACGAUUAACAGAAAACCUCUCACAAUGCCAACAUCACUACAACGAGGCUCUCAGGCUUAUGCGGGAGACGUCAAAGGAGUAUGAGUCCACAAAACAGGAGUUCGAGGCGGUUUCUCAGAGGCUGAAAGAAUAUGAUAACACUCAAACACGGAAUAAGGAACAGAUCGAAACCCUAUCCAAAGAAAAUUGUGCUCUUAAGGCCGCCGUUGAUGAUCUCAAGCAAGAACUCCGGGAUAGAGAUAGCGCUCAUCUACACGAGGAUGACUCCGCAUUUGAGAAGAAUCUCCUUGAUAAGGCGAAAAAGCAUGACCCUGAAGUUAUUAUAUACCACUUUGAGUCUUCUCCAGGAAUUGUGGACUAUGAUCUCUACUCUCGCGUUGCCGGCUUUUAUGGCGAGCUUUACGCAGAGAAUAUCAAUUUGAUAAAGUCAUUUUGUAAACUGCGUCGAAACCACAAGGCUUCCAAAGAAAAGCUAGUUCUCUGGAAUCGACUGCUGGAGAAGGACAGUUUCGAAACCACUGUUAAUGGGGAGGCGGUGAUUUUCAAAAGAGUCAGUCCAGAGCACGUGGGGGAAAUGCUCAUCGCCGAGUCUCCAGUCCUCCCUCCCCUUCGGAGCUAUAUUGCCCAAGAUACCGACUAUCAGAACAAGACUCCCACUCGUUCACAGGUCAGAGAACAUCAUUCAGACCUCGCAUCUACCCAAUCGCAAGACCUAAGGUAUGAUGAGCGCCGGCUACCUCAAACCAUUGAAUCACCAGAUACCCCAGUAGUCGUGAAAGAAAGACCAGUCCGCAAGCAGCAAGUUCCAAGCCCUACGUAUUGUGCUGUGAAGGUGGAAGAGAGUCCUACCGACAUCGGUACCGCUGAAAAACCUUUUAAUAUUAAGAGUGAGCCAACACCCAGCCCGCCUGGCUUGGUAUCUGAUAUCCGGCAUCAUGAAGACCAUGGAAAACAUAACCAUGACCCUGUUUCCAGCCCUACGCUUGACCCCAUUGAGUCACCACUCCCUAGACCCAAGUUCACAGUCUUGCCAGACAGGCGUAGCCCCUCGCCUGAGCUCCAGGAUGAUCCAUUGGACCUUCCUGCGAAUAAACAGACGGAACUACCUAGCAAAAAGCGCGGGAGACAAGUCCUGCGACCGGUUGAUACCAAUGUGACUCCUACGUGCAAAUUGAACGAAGCAUCAAUACCUCAGUCAAAACGAAGAAAGCCCCAUUUCUCAAGAGGAGCUCACGCCAUUCCAAGUGUUGCUGAGGACGGCGAAGCUGAAGAAUAUUUAACAGGCCGGCGAUCGUCGCGUCCUUCUAUGACUGAUAGUGCCAAGAAAAGUACGCCAUCAACAAAAAUGCGGCAGACACGUCUCCAAGAUCUUUUGGAAACUAGCCAUACACCAAGACCAGUUUUGCUUUCAACUCCUCAGAGCGUCAUAGCUAAGCCUGACAAAUUUGUAGCCCCUCAAACACCGAACAAUAAGGCUGAAGGUGCGGCGACACCUUAUGCUUCACAACAGCCGGAAAGCCAUGAUAUUAUUCCUUUUCCAGAGGAAGUGGACGAUGAUGAGAUACGGCCACGAUCCUGCUUUCGUGAUAGACCAAUCAGUGAACUUGGUCUAGAACAUUUCAAACUUAACCCGAACAAAAACCAGGGUUUAGAUUAUGCCUUUGACGAAGUUGUUCGAGAUAAGAGCAUGAGAAAACAGCUUCGUGGGUGUCUAAGGCAGGAAUGUUGUGGCCCAGUCUACCGGAGCAUGGCUAAAGACGAGAUUGGCGAAGAGCCUCGUCCAUUAGGUACAUUGUCACGCGCAGACCAUGAUCUCUUAAAAGGAGAUUUAGGUAGUAACUACGGAAAAUUCUUGGAGGGCAAGUCCCCGAUUGAGAUCCGUGAUGUGUUAAUUGAAGCAAAGGCUAGUGUUCUUUCAAACAAGUUCAGCAAACAUCGAAAUGCGCACGUCCCUGGAGGGUCACCCCCUGGGUAUUGGAGAACCGACAUGCCGAACACACAAGAAAUUGAGCGGGACAGGAUGAUGGCACGAAAGUUGGAGCGGGAAAAGGUCCUUGAUAGAUAUAAGGAGGCAUGCAAGGAUGACGGCUAUUGGAAGUUUGCCGAUGAAUAA